CUUUUUUUCUUCUUAUUUCUUCACUCUUUAUCAAUUAUGCAUCUCGCUGGAAUCGGUGCAUUCAUCCUCGCUACAGGCUCAUUUGCAUCAGCCGUUACUACUACAACUAGUUCUUCAGCUACAAGUACCACUGAUGGUAUCUUGGCUGUUCAAUCGCCUACCUGGCUCCCUGAUUUCCCAGUCCCUAGUGGUGUCAAUUCUGGCUAUCCUACUGGUGCACCCAACAUCACUGAUAGCUUAUCACGUACUACAUUAAAUCUCUCCGCUUAUCCUGAACCAUGGGGAGAGCCCAGCACAACACAUCCUGAAAUCAAGGCUGUUAUCAAAGCCAUUGACUGGUCCAAGGUUCCUAAAGCUCCUGUCCGUAAGGCCAAGUCUAAUGGUGACCUUGACAUGGCCGGAUACGAUGCCAGCAAGGAUCCUUACUGCUGGUGGUCAGACUCCAACUGUGUUACUCCCAAGGUUUCUUACUUGCCCAAGGAUAUCUACAUGUGUCCUAAUGCUGGCGAUUGGGGUCUUAACUAUGAUGAUGGACCUUAUAACCCCAGUGAUGAUGAUAAGGAGCUCAACAAGUACGCAGAGCCUGAACUUUACAACUUUUUGGCAAAGAACAAGAACCAAAAGGCCACUCUUUUCUACAUUGGUUCUAAUGUAGCCACCUACCCUGAAGCUGCUAGACGUGCUCUUAACGACGGACACGUUCUUUGUGUCCAUACCUGGUCUCAUCCUCAAAUGACCGCUCAAACUAAUGAGCAAGUAGUUGCUCAACUCUACUGGACCCUUCGUGCCAUUAAGGAAGCCACUGGUAUCACCACCCGAUGCUGGAGACCUCCUUAUGGUGAUGUUGAUGACCGUGUUCGUGCCAUUGCCUGGCAAAUGGGUAUGCAAACUAUCCUUUGGGAUGAAGAUACCAACGACUGGAACAUGCCUGGUGACGGUGGAGGAAACUUAUCUCCCUCAAAGGUCGAUGGCUACUUUGAAGGAUGGAUCAAGUCUCAACAAAGCGGAAAGGAAACUCACGGCCAUAUCGUCCUUGAACACGAACUUAAUAAUGCAACUGUCAAGAUGACCGAAAAGUGGUUACCUAAGCUCCAAGAAACUUUCAACGUAAACACGAUCCAACACUGCAUGAACAUUUCUCAACCUUACUGGGAAACUAACUGGGUCUAUCCCACUGCUGCCAACCCUAAUCCUGUUUCUAACAGCUCAACUACCAACUCUACACCAUCAUCCGAGGAUGGUACUUCUACAACUAUUACCCUUGGCUCUACUGCCUCUGCCACUCCUGCUGCACAAACUCCCGAGGCUGCUUCUUCUUCAACUGUCAAUGUUAGCAACAAUGUCGCCGUCAACUCUGCUUCUUCCAAAUCUGUUGGUGCUGGUGCUUUCUUGAUGGCUGCUGCUAUUGCCAGUUAUCUUUUCUAA